GCCCUCAGUUCUAAAAACCCUUCUCCUUAACCGCCAUAAACCCUCCCUCCCUCGCCUCUUCUGUACUCUGAACCUAUUUUAUUUUCCUCCCAAAACAGAUAAAUUCAAGUUUCGGAGAUGUUCAUUGGUAGGGUUAGCUCUCGGCUGUCGAGGAACGUCUUGACUCAGUGCCGCAAUUCGUUGCUUCUCUACGCUCGACAAGAACAACCAUUUGUACCCAUCUCCUCCAAUCAAUUUCACUCUCUCCGUGAUCUACAAAACAAUGUGGUUACCUGUCAGGUGUCACUUCUACAUCAUUCAAUUCUCAAUACAUCUGCCAUUCAGCGCUUUGGAUUCUCGUCAUCUGCAUCUCCACAAUCCAAUGACAAGGACACUUCCCAGCCUGGAAAUGAGCAAGGGAGCACUGUAGAGAACAGUGAAGCUGCCACAAAACCAAGUGGAGAUGCUGAAGUUCCGGAUCAAACAGACCAGAAAGAAUCAGGUUCUAGUACAGAACCUAAUUCUACCAUGUCCCAAUCUGUCAAAAGAAGGAGAAGAGGUACUAAACGAACUGCAUUUUCUGAUUCUGAUUCAGAUUUGGAAAGUGAAUUGUCCAGGGAUGAUCUGGUGAAACUUGUGGCGGAGAAGGAAGAACUUCUGAAUGUAAAAGUUAAAGAGAUUGAGCAACUGAAAGAUAAGGUUCUCCGGACAUAUGCAGAAAUGGAGAAUGUCAUGGAAAGGACCAGACGUGAGGCGGAAAAUGCAAAAAAAUAUGCCAUACAGAAUUUUGCGAAGAGCUUGUUGGAUGUCGCAGAUAAUCUCAGUAGGGCUUCAUCAGUUGUGAAAGAGAGUUUUUCAAAAAUUGAUGCAUCUAAAGAAACUGUUGGGGCUGUGCCACUUUUGAAAACACUAUUAGAAGGUGUUGAAAUGACUGAAAAACAGCUUGCAGAGGCAUUCAAAAAGUUUGGAGUUGAAAGAUAUGAUCCUACAAAUGAACAAUUUGAUCCACACAGGCAUAAUGCAGUAUUUCAAGUGCCAGAUCCUUCUAAGCCUCCUGGUACUGUUGCUGUCGUUUUAAAGCCGGGGUACAUCUUGUUUGACCGAAUUCUUCGGCCAGCUGAAGUUGGCGUGACAGUGGACAAUAAGGAUGCAGACGAAGUAUAAUCCUGCCUGCAUGAUCUGAACAAAUUUUGCAUGUGCUCGUUAGAGAUGAGGGAAAUCGAGACUCUCCUUGUUAAGAUACGCGUUGGGUACAAUGCCUGGUGUUGUGGAGGAAACAGUUAAUUUUUUUCCUUUUUAAUCAAUUUAUCCUUACUUAUUCGAUGACGAGGGCUUUAGAAUGUUUGAAACCUUAGCUUUGUAAAACCUGUUUUGACACAGCACGUUAACAUUAAGUUAGGUUUUAUAGGUUUUGAUGCAACGGUUGGCCUAAUCAAAUUCCUGCCGUUGGACCUAAUGGUUAUGGUCGUGGAUUCGUACCUCAUUGCUCCUUCAACUCGUACAUACUGUUCAAAAAAAAAGAACAAAGCAAGCUAGUUCAGAAGGUGAAAUAUAUGCAAGAACAGCAAG